AUGAUGACUAAAUCGCUGCUUAUGUUGAACCCAGAAUUGGCGAACCAGAAAGGCCGUGCGGAACCAGCGAUAGAUGCUGAAGACCCGGAGAUAGAAGAGCAGGAUCGAGACUUUCGUCAAGCCAAUGUUGAUCUUGUACAGGAUCUGGGCGAAGAAGUAGAGCUCGAGGGUUUUUCCAACCACCGAAUGGGGAAGUUGCCAGGUGUGCUUGCCGAAGCCCCAUUCGCAGCAGAUGAUCAUUUGAAGGCAGAUGACUUCAGCGAGGAUGAGCUAGGCGAUGAUGCUCCAGUCGUCGGGGCCAAGUUGCUUCGAGUACGUCGAGCGGGUGACGCAGCGGGCGAGGACGAUGAGCGGAGUGAUUACAGCGAAGGCCAGCGAUGGGAUGGACAGGCGGGAGGAGAUGUCGGCAUGGAGAAGACCGUUUGUGAGCCGUCCGUCGAGGCGAAGUCGUCAUCUCCCACACAUGAGAGCGCCGCGAUCGAAGAGCCCUUCGAUCAACAACUCGAGAAACGUAUGAUGCGAAAGAUCGAUCUGCACCUCAUGGUCCCGCUCUGGAUCCUCUUCAUGUUGGGCUUCAUGGACCGCAUCAACCUCGGCAACGUCGCCGUCCUCGGCAUUGUCAAAGACCUCCAUCUGGUCGGGAACGCCUUUAACGUGGCCCUCCAGGUCUUCUUCGUCCCGUACAUCCUUCUAGAGGCACCUAGCAAUUUGAUGCUUAGGAAGCUACCACCAUCACUCUGGAUAUGCACCACGACGUUUCUCUGGGGCGUGGCGUGCAUGUGCCAAGGCUUCGUUCACAGCAACAGCGGGUUGAUCGCUUGCCGUUUCUUCAUCGGAGUGUUCGAGGCCGGGUUCGUUCCCGGUUGCGCGUACUUGAUGUCCAUGUACUACAGGCGUCACGAGCUCCAAAGACGCCUGUCGCUCUUCUGGUGUGCGGGCCUAGUAGCCGGUGCCUUCUCCGGCCUUCUCGCGUACGCUCUCGUACACAUGCAAGGUCUAUCGGAUCUUGCCGGCUGGCGCUGGGUCUUGAUCAUCGAAGGUCUCCUCUCCGUCGCCGCCUCCAUCCCAGUAUACUUCUUCCUCGCCGACUGGCCCGAGCAGGCCAAAUUCCUCUCAAAAAGAGAGAAGCAGUAUCUCGCCCUCCGCAACGCAGCGGACGUGGGCGGCAGUUCGACGAUGAAUCAUCUCGAUAAAGCGGCGUGGCGCCGGAUUCUCUUGGAUUGGAAGAUCUGGUGCGGCAGUCUCAUCUACAUCGGCAUCACCGUCAGCGGGUACGCGACCGCGUUGUUCAUACCAACAAUCAUCUCGAGCAUCGGGUACUCGGGUAUCCAGAGUCAGAUCCAUAGCAUUCCGGUUUGGAUGGUCGCCGCCGUAGUGACGUUUGGGACAUCGAUCUUGACGGAUAAACUGCAGCAUCGAUACGGCUUCGUCAUGUUCGGGGUUCUCUUUGCUUCCAUCGGUUACAUCAUCUUACUAGCUCAAGGGCCUCUAGCGAAGCCUCACCACGCACAACUCGGCCUGAACCCGCAAGUGAGAUACAUGGCGGUCUUUUUCGUGACGACUGGAUGCUACAUUGUUCAACCUGUGGCCAUCGGUUGGCUGGCUAGUAACCUUGGAGGCCAUUACAAGAGAGCCAUUGGAUUAGCGAUACAAGUCGCUGUUGGAAACAUUGGCGGGAUCAUGGCGAGCAAUGUCUUCGUGCGGACUGAUGCGCCGAGGUACUUCGUUGGUUAUGGAGUCGGUCUCGCUAUGCUUGUCCUGUGCGGCGUAAUGAGCACAGUCUUUGCCCUCGGGCUCAUGCGGGAGAACAAGAAUAGAGAUGCGGGGGCCAGAGAUGAUAGGUUGGUCCUUGCUAAGUCUAGCCAGGCCAAUAUGGGAGAUGAUGAUCCGACGUUCAGGUUCAGUAUAUGA